AUGGAAAACAACCGCGCUAUCCCCAUCCUAAACGCCGCAUCAGCAGGCAACUACGCCAUCCCCGCAAUGUGCUGCUACCAAACCGAAGGCAUCCUCGCCACCAUCCGCGCCGCCGAAGCCAAGCGCUCCCCCGCCAUGGUAUUAUUAUUUCCGUGGGCAAUUGGAUACGCCGACAGUCUCCUCGUGCACCUUGCCGCCUCCGCCUGCCGCGCCGCCAAAGUCCCCGUAACACUCCACCUGGAUCACGCCCAGGAUCCGGAGCUCAUCAAGCGCGCGGCAGAUAUGGGCGGCUUUGAUAGCAUCAUGGUUGAUAUGAGCCACUAUGAGAAAGAGGAGAAUCUGCGGCUUACGAAGGAGUUGACGGAGUAUUGCCACGCGCGGGGCAUAGCGACGGAAGCGGAGCCAGGGCGCAUAGAAGGCGGCGAAGACGGGAUUGCGGACACGGCGGAUCUCGAGGGAAUGCUGACUACGCCCGACGACGCCCAGGACUUUGUGGAUACGGGGAUCGACUGGCUUGCGCCGGCUUUCGGCAACGUGCAUGGGAACUAUGGGCCGAGAGGCAUACGGCUGGAGUAUGACAGGCUAGAGAGCAUCAACAAGGCUGUGGGCGAGAAAGUGAGGUUGGUGCUGCAUGGUGCGGAUCCGUUCGACGAGAAGAUAUUCAGGCAGUGUAUUGAGCAUGGAGUUUCCAAAAUCAACAUUAAUAAGGUGUUGAACAACGAGUAUAUUAAGGUGCAGCAGGAGAAGGCGGGGAAGGCGCCGCUGACGGCUGUCAUUGAAGAGGGCACGGACAUGAUGCAGAAGGCUGUAGAGCGGUGUAUGGAUAUGUUAGGAUCUUCAGGAAAAGCGUGA